AUGCAUCGAUUUAUGGUCUGUCUAAGGCUUUUGAAUGUGGUUUGGAUUCAGAUUCAAAUACACACGACGUUUUUAGAUUCAAAGAUGUUGAUUUUGGUAAUGACGGUAUUGGGGAAACCGAAAAAAGAUCUUAUCUACUUAAGCGAACAGUCCUUGAAAUCCUUGUGCGAUAAAAAAAAAAAAACGUUUUCUUACAAUGGGAUUUUGGAAUAUUAUGUCGCACUGUAUUGGAGAAAAGUUUCCCAACAAAAAACACUGAUAUUUCAAAAGGCUGUUAUGCAGCAACUGAAUUCGAAUGAUGCUUAUCAUUUUACAACUACUCCCGCAUUAGCCAGUGGCAUGCAAGCAGUACUUUGUAAAUAUCGAAAAUAUGUGUACCGAUUGUACAAUUCCUCCAUAGAAAAUCCCGAUGACGAAAGUCCAGGAGUUGCGGAUGCAGAAAAUAAAGAUGAGCAUGAAGAAGAUCUUCAAUCAAGCGAUGACGAGGAUGAUAAUUUGGUGGUGUCCGAAGACACCAUCGUCCUGGACAAUGCUACCAUCAAUAGAGGUCUCACUGCUAAAGAAACGAAUGCUUUAAUUGCAGCUGCAAUGAUGAUUUGCAGUUCAGAAAAAAUUGAGGGGUGA